AUGUGUUUGGUUCUUGCUUUGCACUUUGGUGAAGCAGCCGUGUCUUGUAACACUGUAAUUGCAGACCUUUACCCUUGCCUCUCUUACGUGGCUCAAGGCGGUAACGUCCCAGACAGCUGCUGCAACGGUAUCAGAACGCUCAACGGUCAGGCUCAAACCUCUGUGGACCGUCAGGGUGUUUGCCGUUGCAUCAAAUCUGCCAUCGGAGGGGUCUCUUUCUCUUCUAGCAACCUCAACAAUGCUUUGAGUCUGCCUGCUAAAUGUGGUGUUAAUCUCCCUUACAGGAUCAGCCCUAACACCAACUGCGACAGGUAA